AGGCUAGUGGCAGUAGCAGUGGCAAUGCCGCUAGACCAACGCCAACUUUGCCAAGCUAGACUGGCAGUGGCAGUGGCAGUUUUGCUGAACCGUUGCCAACUCUGUCGAGCUUGUAGCCCUUGAAAUGUCGCUGAUGCAGCAGCUUUUCAGUUUACGAGAGAUAUACGAAACCCAUACAUCCGGAAUAUUUGCUUCGUGUUUGUCGCCGUUCGAGCGGGCUGGUCGCAUGGCAGGAUUUUUUUACCCCUGAAAGUAGUCGCUGCACCAGGAGUAUUUGAACACGUCAAGUCCCAGACCUCUCUUACGGCCCAACCAACAACUUCUCUCACAAACCAAAGUCUUCCCUCUUGGUCUAUCCGUCACUAUGCUGAAUAUUCGAGCAGCGGUUGUGGUUUUGUUGGGCAUGAAGCUCCCGUUGCUGCUUUUGCUUGUAGCAAAUGUCAGCAGCUGGUCCAUUUCCCGCAUUUUCAAUGGUGACAAUAAACAUUACGACUGUACUGCCUGGUGGCUCAAGGCGGAUCCAUCGAUACCGGAGGCCGACUGGCCCAUAACUUGCCCAUUUCAGCUAAAGAACUCGAAGGAUGAGGGUUACAUCCCGCAAGAAGUCCGCGCUGGGGUUGGAGAAACGGCCCUACGGGAAAUUUCCACGGGUGGUAAACCGGUGAUAAACGGAAGACUGUCGCUGGGUGAUAAACGGGCGACAAACGGUAGAAUAUGGCGCUGGUGACAAACAGGCGAUGAUUGACGCGUAGUAAACCGGUGAUUUACGGGUGAGAACCGGCGAUCGCUGGUGACUAGUACGCAGCGAGCUGCAGGUGGCGAGCCAGGGCUUUACAUAGUUCUGGGAUAGCUCUAGAGCAACGAAGGCUUACUACGUCCACCCUACAACUGUCAUGCAAGGUGCCUUGCACGCUUGCUACGCUCCCGCGCUUGUUCCACCUCGCUGGCAGCGGCGGCGCGGUCAUUCCUGUCAUUCGCUGCAGCCUGGAGAAACUGAACUUUCGCCGUCAUCGGCCGGUU